AUGGACAGUAACAUUGCUGAACACCAGCUCAGCGUCAUAAAGAGUCCACCUGGAUGGGAAAUAGGCAUCUAUAUAACUGGUGCACUUGCUCUGUUGGGAAUAGCUGGAGUAAACCUAUGGAAGUUGUGGAAAUCUGGAAGCUACCCUGCACCAUCUCCAUUUCCAAAUUAUGACUACAGAUACCUGGAGCAAAAGUAUGGGACUACGUAUUCUCAGAUCAAACAAAAGAGAGGUACAAACAACUACCGCAGGGCUGGAGAAAGAACAUCUCCUCUUCACAAGCCAAGUUUGAAAAUGGAUGAUACCUUUGAAAACAUUAAUGAGUUAGGCACUCUGGAGCUGAUGAACAAAGAUCUUGAAUUAGCACCUUAUGGACCUCUGAAAAAAUCCAUCUCAACUGACUCUCUCAGUUCCAUCUCCUCCAUUGGAAAUAAUUUUGGCCAAGAGUUCACAGUGGGACAAGUGGAAGUCAACAUGGAAUACAAUAUAAAUUCCAACACUUUACAUGUCACACUACUGCAAGGGAAAGAUCUCAUGGAGAAGGAAGAUGUCAACUUUGAGUCCUGCUUUGUGCGCAUCAGUUUGCUUCCAGAUGAACAAAUUGUUGGCAUUUCUCGGAUUCAAAGAAGUGCCUACUCAGUUUUCUUUGAUGAGAGGUUUUCAAUUCCCUUGGAUCCUGCUGCUCUGGAGGAAAACCACUUGAGAUUUUCUGUCUUUGGCAUUGAUGAGGAUGAGAGAAACAUCAGCACUGGCGUAGCUGAGCUAAAGUUGUCAGACUUGGAUCUCUCUAUCCGGCCUUUCAAUGCAUGGCUAUAUCUGCAGGAUAUGAACAAGGCAACUGAUUCAGUGGGUGAAAUCUUGCUUUCGCUUAGCUAUCUGCCAACAGCAGAGCGAUUAACAGUAGUUGUGGUUAAGGCCAAGAAUCUUGUGUGGACCAAUGGCAAAAUGACUGCAGAUCCUUUUGUGAAAGUAUAUUUGCUGCAAGAUGGGAGGAAGAUCAGCAAGAAGAAGACAGCGACAAAAAGGGAUGACACAAACCCUGUGUUUAAUGAAGCCAUGAUUUUCUCAGUGCCAGCAAUCGUCCUACAGGAGCUAUCUCUGCGGGUGACUGUGGCAGAAUGUUGUGAAGAUGGCAGAGCUGAAAACAUUGGCCAUGUUGUCAUAGGUCCAGCAGCAGGUGGCAUGGGCAUCACACAUUGGAACCAGAUGUUGGCCACCUUGAGAAAGCCUGUGUCCAUGUGGCAUCCACUUCGACGAAGCUAAAAAUGUACUUACACCUUGGUGUUAAUCAUCUAGCAAGCUGCCUAAACUUUUCCAGGAAGUAGAAGCUGCUGACAAAUGGUGUUUAUGACUCGUAGGAGCAAAAACUAUUUUCCCAAUUAUUUACAAAAAAGAAGUAACAAUAAUAGAAGAGAAGAUUGGUUGCUGAAUGGAGUCACAGGAACCUUGAGAAAGCUUCAGAGAAUUCAAGCAUAGGAGAGGAAGCCAUUGGAAUAAGCAGUAGCUUGCAAUAGCUUGUUGCUGCAGUAGCUUAUUGACAAAUUGAAUGGACUGUGGCUCCAUCAUUCUAACAUCACCAGCUUGGGGGAACCCACUGGGACUCCCAAACAUUGAUUAAUUUUAUACUGGGUAUUGAAUCCCCAUGUGGUCUUUUCACUAACCGGGAUGUGGGGGGGGGGGAGUGGCAGUGGCAGUGGCAGCAAGCAUAUAAUAUCCACCCAGCUUCACCCAUUGAGUUCAAUGGAUCUUGCUUCCAAACAGGUGUACUUGGAAGCCUAGCUGUGUAACUCGGUCUUCGUCACAUUUAUGAAAACACAAGACCCAUUCGUUGAACUUGAUUUUAAGGGGAAGUACUUCCAAGAAAAUGUGUUUAAUUUCACAGCCCCAUGGUAUCAAAAUUAUGUGCAUCUUCAGCUGAUGCAGAUUCCAGAAGAGUAGCCCUGUUAGUUCAUUGCAGCAAAGAUCAAGAGGUUAACUUACCUGGGCUAGCUAAUG